AUGCCGGAUCUAGUGUCAUCGAUUAUGAAGGAAUUCGGUCCGUGGCAGCUCAGAGCUGUACCGCUGAUAUACAUGUGCAAAAUACCUGCAGCAUGGUUUAUGGCGAUUUUGAUCUACACAACUCCUGAUCCCAAAAACGGUGAGAUCUACUGCAAGCCACCCCCGUCAGUGAGUGCUCAUUUCAACGAGACCAAGUGGAUUAUGGCUUCCCAUCCGAUCAAGGACGUGGUUAAUAGCACCGAGUUCACCAUCGACUAUUGCUACGUGUUUGAAGAUAACUUAGAGUUCUACAAUGAUCCAAAUCGCACCUCGUGGAUUCAGCCCAGCAACAUUACCCGGACGAAAGGUUGCACAGUAUUUGAACAUCAUGCGGAUUACAAUUCUAUCAUAACGCAGUUUGAUUUGGUGUGCUCCAGGUCCCUGCUAACACCAACUACACAAGCAGCUCAUGUGUUUGGUGUUCUUCUAGGGGGAAUUAUCGCAGCCCAGUUGAUGAGGACGAUCAGCCCCAGAAACCUGAUGCUGUUGGGAAUGUACACCCAGGUCAUGUGCGGUUGCAUUACCGGCUACAUAAUAAUAUACGAAAUGCACAUCCUGCUCCGACUAUUGGUUGCAAUGUGCUGCGCAUUUACGUACACGGCAGGAAGUGUAAUAUUAAACGAUAUCACUGAAGGAAAGUACAAAACCGCCACCAUAUGCCUGCACGAACAGUUUUGGUCGAUUGGGGUGAUAAUAAUGCCUGGGUUGGCAAUUUUUACCAACAGCUGGACCUCGUUGUACGCCGCUAUCUCAAUACCGCCCUUCUUGCUGAUAAUUAUACACAGAUGGAUUCCGGAUUCUCCGCGGUGGCUUCUCAAACAGGGCAGAACGCAGGAAGCCAAAGUAUACCUGUUAGAAGCGGCAAAAUAUAACAACACCAGAAACUGCAUUCCGAUUUACUUCGACGAACAACUGAAGUCAAUUUCUGAGGCAGCUGCUGUACAGCCAGAACCGGACCUGUGGUGGACAAUUUGGAAGGAAAGAUCAGCUUUCAAUAAUCUCGUUCGGUUGCAUCUGGCCUGGGGACUCUUCUGUACCGCGUACUACGGAAUGCUGUUGAAUGUUUCCUCUUACGGGAGGGAUAAACUAAACAUUCACAUGGUAGUUGUAGGAGUUUCAGAACUGAUCGGAACAUUCAUUGGGCUAUAUCUAAUUAUGACUUCGAAACAAAAAUGGCUUUGGUGUGGGGUGUUCAACAUAGUUGCCGGUUUGAUUGCAUUCAAUACGUGGAUUAUUCCACCCGAAGUUCCCUUCAUCAACCGAGACGCUCUAGUAAUGCUAACGGCAAUGAUCUCGAAAGCCAGUGUCUCCUGUUGUUUGGCAAUGUUGGUCACGUGCACCGGGGAAUUGGUGAGUGCGAACAAAAAAGCUGGAGCGGUUUAUUCCUGCACCAAUUGGGGAAGGUUCUGCUUCAUGGUAACGCCAUAUAUAGUGUCCACAGUCAAAUUUGGGCAAUUUGUUCCUUUGACGGCAUUUGCAUCUUUGGCCAUAAUCGGUGGGAUGAUCCUGACAGGUAUUGUGAAUGAGACGGUCUAGCUUAAGAAUGAAAUCAAGUUUAGUUUAAUAAAUACAAAUGC